AUGUCAUCCCGUAAGAGAAAGCAGGACGAGGAGGAGGAGGAGCUCGUGUCCCUCCCCGAAGACGACGGCGAGGAGGAAGAGGAGUACGUCUCCACCGGCGAUGAGGACGAAGUCGACGACGACAAGGACGAGGACGAGGAGGAGGAGGCUGAGGAUGCUGAGGGUGACGAGGAGGAUGGCGACGACGACGAGGCCGAGGGCGAAAAGGCAGAGAACGGUGUUGAGAACGGUGUCGAGAACGGCGUCAAGGACGACGAGCCCCCGGCUAAGAAGCGCAAGACGGACGAGGCCUCGACCGAGAAUGGCCUCAACGGCGAAGUCGCAAAGGAGGGCGGCGCCAAAGACGACGAUGGCGACGCAAAGGUUGACGAUGCCAAAGUUGACGAUGCCAAAGCUGACGAUGCCAAAGCCGACGAUGGCGACGUCGACGCCGAGGGUAAAAAGGACGCUCCUGCCGCCGUCAAGGAAGCCGUCAAGGCACCCGAGAGCACAGAAAAGCUGGCAGAGGCCGAGCCGGAAGCCGCUGCCGCUGGCGGUGAUGAAUAG